CUCUGCAUUCUUGCUCAGGCAAUAUCACCACAGGGCUUGUCUACCUUGCACCUGUGUAAGUAAUAAACAUUCAAGAAUUUAUAGCCAUAAAUUGAUAUGUUUGGUUAAAUUGAUGUGCGGUGAUCUGGUCAGGAAGACAUUUUGGAGAAUUGUGGUGAAUAGAUCAACUGAAGAAUUUGAAAGUGCUCCUUAUAUGUUCAAGUUGCUAAAUGCUUAUUUUUGGGUCUACUAUGGAAUCAUCAAGCCUAAUAGCAUACUCGUUGCUACGGUUAACGGUUUUGGUGCUGUGUUGGAGAUCAUUUUUGUCUCCCUCUUUCUAAUUUUUGUACCUCCAAGACUGAGGGUCAAAACUGCGAUUCUAGCUGGGGUUUUAGAUGUGGUGUUUCCAGGAGCAGUAGUUGUGGCUGCACAAUUGUUGUUGAAAGAAGAGAAAAGAAUUGAUGUAGCUGGCUUCUUUUGUGUUUGCUUCAGUAUGGCUGCCUAUGGUUCACCUCUUUCAGCUAUGAAAACAGUGAUAACAAGCAAGAGUGUGGAGUACAUGCCAUUCCUUCUCUCAUUUUUCCUUUUCAUAAAUGGAGGAGUUUGGACUUUCUAUGCUAUAAUUACCAACGACUGGUUCAUUGGACUACCAAAUGGGACAGGAUUUGGCCUUGGGACAGCCCAAUUAAUUCUGUAUGCAAUAUAUUAUAAGAGACCUCAGCCAUGGAAGAAAAGUUCAAAUAAAUUGGAGGAAGAAUGUCUUAUCCCUGAAAAUCAGCGGAUUACUGCAAAAGAUUGAAGGUUAGAGGCACAAUUUCAAUUAAUAACUGUAGAAGACUGCAAUCGGGAGUUGAUUUGCUAGAUGUUUCAUCUCAGAGAUUCCCUGCCUUGAUCAAUUAAGAGAGUCCUGUUUAAUUUUUCAUUUUCAAAAACCUUUAUUUCAUUGAUGUGCUCUUACAAUGAAAAUGAAAUGUAAUUUCUAUAAUUAGGUUCUAUUUU